GAUAACCGUUGCUCCAUCCUGCCCCCUCCCCCCCCCCAGGACCAGCUGCCCUCCGUUGCCCUGGGGCCUCCUCACCUCAUUGUCCUGCUGGGCCUCCAUCGGCCUUCCCCGCCCUGACACCCUCAGCAUGAGGCAGGAGAGAGCAGGGCCCGGCCCUCUGGGGCCAUGAGGCCAUGUGGGUGGUAGGGGCGAGGGGCAUCCGCCCCCUGGGCGCCCCUAAGCCCCCCAAGGUGGCAGCGGGCGCCCUGCUCUGCUGCUGCUGCUGCCUCCUGGCCUUCGCCCCCUGGCCGGCGCCCGCCCUGCCAGGUGACAGGCGGCCCACGCUGAAACACCAGGUCAGGCUGAUCUACAGGAAGAAAGUUGUAGUUGGCUUCUUCAAGUCCAGACGACUCCAACCCGACAUUAUAGACCCCUGGAAUUCAGAUUCGUCGUUCCCCGGGGCCUUGCCCCCACACCAGGAAGGAGUGGAUGGAUUGUGGGCAAAUACCCCGAAGGAUUUCAGCCCGCCGGGGGACCGAGAUGCCGUCAAGUUUCCAGGGGAGUCUCUGCUGAAGAAAAGAGACCUCUCGCCCACGCCGUUCAUGUCCCAGCAGAGAAGGAAGGCGCCCAACCGGAGGAGAAACUUCCCGGAAAAAUGGAGGGAGGGACCCGUCGGAGCGGGGGCCGGCAGGCGGCUCGCCCCCGGAGGCUGCCGGACCCAGAAGCGCGAGGCGAGAAAACCGAGCGGGGAAGAUCGCCUCCCGGACACCGGCAGGGACCCGAAGCCUCCAGACCCGACCCCGAGCCCCAGAUGGGGCAGAGAUCUCGCCCCGGAGUUGAGGGAGACCCAAAUGUCGGGAAGCCUCCCGUGCCUCAGGAAGGUCGCGACGCGGCGGGAUUGCGAUGCGGAGCCCGGGUCGCAGCAGACGGAAGGCUCGGGUCCUUGCGCCGUCCGGCAGGGGCAAGGGGUGGGGUUGAAGGAAGCGCGGGGGAAAGAGGCCCCGUCCGGGACCAGGGUUUUCGUGGCCCCGAAGCCCUUCUUUAAGGAGCCCAAUUAUUCCCAGGCGGCGGCCCUCCGCGUCCCCAGGAGCCCCUCGGGGUCCCCGAAGAGAAAGACGAAAGGCCUCCGGAGGCACCCGGGCGAAAGACCUCAAGACGGUCCUUGCCAAGUGCACUGCGUUUCCCUUCCUCACCAUUUAGAAAAGGAACCGGUAAACCCCAGAAAUGUCUUGGAAGACCUCGUGGAGGAGGGCACCGUAGGUCCCUCAUCCCCCAAGAAGGAGGCCAUCUUCGAGGACGUGGAAGCAGGCCUCUCCCCCAACUCAACGCAACCCCUGGAGGAAGACCUCGAGGCCAGGGCCCGGCAGCCCAAGAAGGGUUCACACUGGCUGGAUCUGGAAAUCCCCGAGGAGAAAGUCGUCCCCUCCCACCCCGGAUUCUUGCAGUUCGAGAGAAAGAAAACGAAGAAAUUUCACUCGCUGCUCCGCGACCGGAUCAACAUCAACGGGGAGGAAGGACGCCUCCUGCCAGAACUCCCGGAGCAGGGGCGAGACCUCCAGAACCUCCCCCGGGUGUUCCCGGGAGUGAGCCUCCAAGGCCCCAAGAGGACACAUGCUCUAUCGGGGGCCUUUCCCCAGAAGAAACGGAAAAAAAAGAUCCACCCCAAAAUCCCCGGAGCGCCGAAGUCCGAACGGGUCCACGCCAAGUUCCCGGUUCACGGAGACCGCCCCUCGGGCACACUCCCCACCCCGACCCCGGCCCCGGUGGCGGGCGAGGCCACGGAACGAGGAGCCUCGGGGCAAGGCGGCAGAUUACCCGUCCGGCCCAUGCGGGACAUGCUCAGACAGUUAGAGGUCAUGUCCAACCUUCUGCUGAAACAAAUGUUGGCGACCCCCCGUGGGAACCCCUCGGAAAUCCUCGCCCACCCCGCCCCGAGCGGGACGGAGGGGAGGCCGAAAUAGUUGGCUUCGUCAACGACCGAGCGGGGCCGGGAAACCUACGUGAGGGGAGAGGGUGGGAAGGGGAGGGCCUUCGACUCCCACCAGGGAGGAGAGAGCCACGGUGAGCCCCGUGGAAACGGAGCGAGCCGUCGCGGAGGGGGCCGCGCGCCUGCAGCCCCUCUGGGUUGUCCCGGGCCAAGGAGUCCGAAUAAAAUGGAAACGUUCGUUCCUCUGAAGUUA